GGAGGAUACGUUAUAUAUUCUGCUCUCUUCUGCGCAUCGAAAACCCUAAAUCUCCAAAAGCAAGCGGAGCACUGAAAUCCGCCGCCCCUUCAUUUCUCUAGAUCAAUCUAGUUCAAAAUGGUGGAAGAGGUUGCUGUUGAAACCGCUGCUCCAAUCCUUGGAGAGCCAAUGGAUGUAAUGACUGCUCUGCAGCUUGUGUUGAAGAAGUCAUUGGCUCAUGAUGGUCUUGUCCGUGGUCUUCAUGAAGGUGCCAAGGCCAUUGAGAAGCAUGCUGCUCAGCUUUGUGUGCUUGCCGAAGAUUGCGACCAACCAGACUAUGUCAAGUUGGUGAAGGCACUUUGCACUGACCACAAUGUGCACUUAGUUACAGUUCCAAGUGCUAAGACUCUGGGAGAGUGGGCUGGGCUUUGCAAGAUUGAUUCUGAGGGUAAGGCAAGGAAAGUUGUCGGAUGCUCUUGUGUAGUUGUCAAGGACUAUGGGGAGGAGUCUGAGGGACUUAACAUUAUCCAAGGUUAUGUGAAGCCUGAAUGAGUUCGACUAUUGUUAGCUAAUUACAAAUCGGUCUUCUACAUGUUUUGUAGACCUGUUAUUAUUGCGAAUAUGUUGGGAGGUUCUUAAAUCAGUUUGCUUUUCGGUUGGAAGCCCUUUAACUCUUUUCAUUUCAUGAUAUUUAGCAAGGAGGAGAGAUUGUCUUAAAACUACACUGUUCUUUUUGCCGCUUGAAUUUUUAUCUCAGAUGUUUUUUGUGCCCCACAAAUUGUAGUUCUUCAA